AUGCGUUUCCCAGCAGCGGUUCUAUUCCUGCCAACUAUCCUUGGAGGGAAGCUGGUUAUCCCUGAGAUACAAAAUGCAUACGAUUCGGCCGUAGUCAAUGAUGUCUCACCUGUGAGCUCGAGCUCCGUCUCCGGCUCCGAGGAAAAUAAAAUCCAGGAGCGAGCCGCUAUUAGUACUUACUGGUAUGAGAAGAUUUCACAUCAAGGCAUAUCGGCCUUCAAUGCCAACGGUACAACGUACAAGUACUUCCCCGCAGGAACCUACGUGGUUUCUUCGUCAAUCGUUAGCUACUAUGCGACCAAUACUGUCGGAAACCCGAAUAACAUGCCUGUUUUGAAAGCCACGGCCGGCUUUUCUGGAUUCGGUGUCAUAGACGGUGCUCCGUGCCAGACCGGUGGAGAUCUACCCCACGGAGCGACGAAUAUCUUCUGGCGUCAAGUCAGAAACUUCGUCAUUGACCUAACAGCCAUCCCGGCGGCGACUGAGGCAACCGGCAUCCAUUGGCCUACGGCACAGGCAACGAGUUUGCAGAAUAUCGUGUUCAAGAUGUCCAGCGAUGAGGGGAUCAAGCACCAAGGAGUUUUCAUAGAGUCGGGCCCUGGUGGUAUCCUAAACGACCUCGUAUUUUAUGACGGUUUAUAUGGAGCCGUGUUUGGUAGCCAGCAGUUUACCGUAAGAAACCUCACUUUCAGCGAUGCAGUGACUGCUAGCUAUCAGCUAUGGGACUGGGGAUGGACGUAUAAGAGCAUAUCCGUCAGGUAA